UUCCUUUGUGUGGUUUGUUCUUUCCUUGGUUCUGAGUGCAUGCCAGCCCCAGCUCCACUCACUUUUCUACUUUUGGCCUAUCAGAUUUACACUAUCUGCUGUCCUUGUCCUUGGUCCUGAGAGAUGAGUUGAGCUUGUUUCUGCUCAGUUUCCCUAGUUAGAGGAUGAGGGGAGUAUAGGUAGAGGGCUGUGUGAUAUCCUUUUUCUGUGGAGAAGACGGUAGCCUCAAAGGCAGGAGCAGGAAGGGUGCCUUGUCUCCGACAGCAUCCCCGCAGCCUCCUCAGCUAUCCAGUGCUCAUUCGCCACCUGUGAGUGAAAUUUUGGGUUCUGAUCCCCUUUCUCUUCUGAGCAUCCUCAUUCUGUCAUCCUGUCCCACCUUAUGCCCACCCCAGGUACUCAGAGGUUGUGGUGACCCCAGGGCACGUUUGGAGUCAAGUAUAGACCUACCCCAGUCUCUUGACCCCCCCACUUUUAGAUCCUCUUCCUUAGGAAGGUAAUUGGGCAGAACUGUGUGUGUGUGUGUGUCUGUGUAGGGGACGGGGUAGCGAAAGAACCACAGUGGAACCAUGCCCGCCCGUUCUGUCCUCCCUGUCGUCUCCCCCCCCCCCCCCCCCUUUUCCGGCUCCCCUUUGGUGGACGCCUCCAUUACCUUUUCUCAGCUUUACGCUGCGUGGUCCCACAGCCAUUGCCUUUUUAAGAGAGGCCCCGCCCACGCGGAGGGGGUGGGCCAGGGGCGGGGCUGAGGAACUGGGGAAGGAACAAAGCGCGGCCUGCGGGCGGCGGCUGCGCUCGGCCGGCGGGGCCGCAGGGUGCGGGGCCUGCGGGCGGCGGCCCAAGCGGAGCGUUGGGGGGAAGGAAGCGGCAUCGCCGUCCGCGCCGUCCCGGCCAUGAAUGGGCUGCCGUCGGCCGAGGCUCCGGGCGGCGUCCUGGCUGGGCUCCCGCCGCUGCCGCGCGGCCUCAGCGGCCUCCUUAACGCGAGCGGGGGCUCGUGGCGGGAGCUGGAGCGCGUCUACAGCCAGCGCAGCCGCAUCCACGAUGAGCUGAGCCGGGCCGCCCGCGCCCCGGACGGGCCCCGCCACGCCGCUGGCGCCGCCAGUGCGGGACCCGCCGCCGGCCCUCGUCGACCGGUCAACCUCGACUCGGCACUAGCCGCGCUGCGCAAAGAGAUGGUGGGGCUGCGGCAGCUGGAUAUGUCCCUGCUGUGCCAGCUGUGGGGCCUGUAUGAGUCAAUCCAGGACUACAAGCACCUGUGUCAAGACCUGAGUUUAUGCCAGGACCUGUCGUCCUCCCUGCACUCGGACAGCUCCUACCCACCCGACACCGGCCUAUCUGAUGAUGAUGAGCCUCCUGAUGCCAACCUGCCCCCUGAUCCGCCACCCCUUACUGUGCCCCAGACACACAAUGCCCGUGACCAGUGGUUGCAGGAUGCCUUCCACAUCAGCCUCUGAAGAGCUGGGGGAUGGGUGGGCAUGCACCCAUGUAAAAGGCUCAGAAACUCACCCCUCAGCAAGUCCUCAGAUUAGUGCCUGCUUUCCCAUACCGCCUCACCUCACAGGAGGGCAAGACCUGUGCCCCUCAGAGGCAAAACUGCCAACCCCCUCUGUCUUGGAUUAGCUGGCACUGGUGUGGACACCUAGGUUAUAGCCUCUGCCAGUGGCACUGGGCCUCCACUUCUCCCACAUGUGUGCACCCCCAGCUUGGCCAACCCUCAGUAUGGCGGUAGGGCCUCCCCUUGGCAUCUCUGGGAUCGGGAUGAGUGCCUGGCUCCCAUCUCCUUUUCACCUUUUGCUGCUCAAUGCAGCUGCUGGCUCAGGGGCUCAUCUCUGGUCCCUGGGUUUCACCGCCCCGGACCAAGGCUCCAGGACCCGAAUCUAAAUCCACCCACGGCCAGGAUGGCCAAGGCCCCAUGCUGGAUAUUUAAGUUUAGGGGCCAGCCCCCUGGGUGCGUAGAUAAAUAAAUGCUCUCUCAGCGUUGUGUUC